CACACUUAAGAUAUACAACUACUAAAAAUGGCACACUAUAAUUUCAUUUUCCUAGCAACACUGCUUCUUGCGUUGAUCACCAACUUCAUGUCAUCCUCUGCAGAUACUGCAACCUUCUACACUCCACCAUAUAACCCUGCUGCAUGCGGCUUUGAAGUAAAAGGAGUGAUGAUCGCCGCGGGGAGUCAUGAAAUCUUCGAUGAUGGACGUGCUUGUGGGCAUUUAUUCAAAGUAAAAUGUAUUGCCGGGACGAACAAUGGUGUCCCUCACCCUUGCAGAGGAUCAGGGACUGUUGUUGUUAAGCUUGUCGAUCUUUGCCCGUCUGGUUGCCAAGGAACCAUUGAUUUGUCUCAAGAAGCUUUUGCCAAGACUGCUGAUCCUGAUGCCGGGAAGAUUGAAGUAUCCAUUGAAAGUUUGUAA